GCUCAGCCCCGCGCCUCUCUUCAGCCCGGGCGCGUACGAGCGCCUGGCGCUGCUGCUCGGCUCCAUCGGGCUGCUGGGCGUCGGCAACAACCUGCUGGUGCUCGUCCUCUACUACAAGUUCCAGCGGCUCCGCACUCCCACCCACCUCUUGCUGGUCAACAUCAGCCUCAGUGACCUGCUGGUUUCCCUCUUCGGGGUCACCUUUACCUUCGUGUCCUGCCUGAGGAACGGCUGGGUCUGGGACACCGUGGGCUGCGUGUGGGACGGGUUUAGCAGCAGCCUCUUCGCAGAUGUAAACCUUUGAAUGCUUCCUAGGAAGUGAAAGAGCUUCAUUCGGGUCGUCAGAAAUGCAAAUCGGCAUGUGGCCUUAUAAGCUAUUUCUACUGUAUUUUCCUCCUUAGUCGUUCCAGCACACCGAAAUCUGAGAGAAGAGUUCCGGUCACAAAUGCAUGUGUGAUGCAUUUUGACAUUUACUGCUAAGAUGAAAUGCAGGAAUGAAAACCACACAUCCGUUUUAGUGUUCUCAGAUGUGAUUAGAUAUACUUUAUCAUAUUUUUAUGCUACUGACCUAUAAGGAAAACAAUAUUAAGAAAGGGUAACUGUAAACAGCUAGUUCCUGCAACCUCAGUACUUCUGGGAUGACCUGGAAUAACACAAGGAGAGAUUUUAUAACAGCAUAUCAACAUCUCAGCUGAGCCCUCAGCCUAGACUCACACACAUUUCCUUUAUCGGCAGUUGUCACCAGACGCUUUAUUUCCCAGAAUGGCGGACAGUCUUCCCACAGAGUUCGAUGUGGUCAUAAUAGGGACAGGUCUGCCCGAAUCCAUCCUUGCAGCUGCGUGUUCAAGAAGUGGCCAGAGGGUUCUGCAUCUUGAUUCAAGAAGUUACUAUGGAGGAAACUGGGCAAGUUUCAGCUUUUCGGGAUUGCUCUCCUGGUUGAAGGAGUAUCAGCAAAACAGUGACAUUGUGGAAGAAAGUACUGCCUCAUGGCAAGGCCUGAUCCAUGAAACAGAAGAAGCUAUCACUCUUCGCAAGAAGGACGAAAGUAUUCAACACACAGAAGUUUUUUGUUAUGCCAGUCAGGAUAUGGAUGACAAUAUUGAAGAGACUGAUGCUCUGCAGAAAAAUACUUCCUCAGUAACAUCUAGUACCACCACUAAACCUCUGGAUUCUGCAUGCUUGUCUGAAGAAACACAUUCAUUAUAUGCUACUGACCAUGAAUUGCCUGCCAAAGGCACUCCAAAAAGUGAUGGAGAAAUUUCACUAGAAGUAACUGAUGUUGAGGACACCUUGGCAAAAGAAAAAUAUUGUGGAGAUAAAACUUGUAUACACACAGUUUCAGAUGGAGAUAAAGAUGAAAACAAGCCUAUAGAGGAAGACAACACUGACCAACCAAAGAGAAAUAAGAUUACUUACUCUCAAAUAGUUAAAGAAAGCAGGAGGUUUAAUAUUGAUUUGGUAUCAAAGCUGCUGUAUUCUCAAGGAUUGCUAAUUGAUCUCCUAAUCAAAUCAAAUGUUAGUCGUUAUGCAGAAUUUAAAAAUGUCACUAGGAUUCUUGCAUUUCGUGAAGGAAAAGUAGAACAGGUGCCUUGUUCCAGAGCAGAUGUCUUUAAUAGCAAAGAACUCACUAUGGUUGAAAAGAGGAUACUGAUGAAAUUUCUUACAUUUUGUUUAGACUAUGAACAACAUCCUGAUCAAUACCAGGCUUUUGUGCAAUGCUCAUUUUCAGAGUACUUACAAACUAAAAAAUUAACCCCCAAUCUCCAGCAUUUUGUGCUGCACUCAAUUGCAAUGACAGAAUCAUCUUGCAGUACAAUAGAUGGCCUUAAAGCAACUAAAAACUUCCUUCGGUGUCUUGGACGGUUUGGCAACACUCCCUUUUUAUUUCCCUUGUAUGGGCAAGGAGAAAUUCCCCAGUGUUUCUGCAGGAUGUGUGCAGUUUUUGGUGGAAUCUAUUGUCUUCGUCAUAAAGUUCAAUGCCUUGUAGUUGACAAAGAAUCUGGAAGAUGUAAAGCAAUUAUAGAUCACUUAGGUCAAAGAAUAAAUGCUAAAUAUUUUAUUGUGGAGGAUAGUUACCUUUCUGAGGAAACAUGCUCAAAUAUACAGUAUAAGCAGAUCUCCAGGGCAGUGCUCAUUACAGAUCAGUCUAUACUAAAGGCAGAUUCAGAUCAGCAAAUUUCCAUUUUGGUAGUGCCUCCAGUGGAAUCAGGAACAUGUGCUGUUCGUGUCACUGAAUUAUGUUCUUCAACCAUGACGUGCAUGAAAGACACCUAUCUGGUACAUCUGACCUGUUCAUCUUCUAAAACAGCACGAGAAGACUUAGAGUUAGUAGUGAAGAAAUUAUUCACCCCAUUUACUGAAACAGAAAUAGACAAGGAAGAACUUACAAAGCCAAGACUCUUGUGGGCUCUUUAUUUUAAUAUGAGAGAUUCCUCGGGAAUCAGCAGAAGCUCAUAUAAUGGCUUACCUUCCAAUGUUUAUGUCUGCUCUGGGCCUGACUGUGGACUGGGAAAUGAGCAUGCAGUCAAGCAAGCUGAAACGCUUUUCCAGGAGAUCUUUCCCAAUGAAGAAUUCUGCCCCCCACCUCCGAAUCCAGAAGACAUUAUCUUUGAUGGUGAUGAUAAACAACCAGAGGCUCCUGGAACCAAUAAUAUAAUCAUGGCCAAACUGGACUCCUCUGACGAAGUAAAAACCUAGAAAGCCCAGGGAAGCACCUUCAAAACUAGAAAAAAGCAAACUGGAAAUGCUACUUUGGGCGUGCAUCCUGGCAUCAGAAUAUUUUCAUUUAAAGGACCAUUUCCUAUAUGAUUAAUUAGAACUUGUUAUAUGAUAAAUGCUAUGCAGAUGUUGUCUUUAAUUCUGUUUGAGACAUUCAGUCAUUGGAUGUCGUUGUUAAUCUAUCAGUAACUGAUUGAUUAUUGGAUAAGGUUAGUUUUAUUUUAGUAUUGAGUGUAUUAGUGAGGGUUCUAUAUUAGCAACUGUGCUUAAAGGGAUGUAAUAUGUGUCUGCUAAUGACCUUCAGAUUUUAUUAGUCUAUAAUAAUAAUAUCUAAGGAAUAUUUUAUUUACUUUUGCAAUUAUUUUAGUUGCUACUGCCUCUGAAUAAUUAAACACAUACAGUAAAUUAUGUGGGUCUUUUGUAUAUAAUAUAAAUGUACAGACACAGUGGUAGCAAUAGCAACUUAUGCAAGUGCCAACUGUUAAAAGAUUAGCUUUGGAUGAUCCUUUAUUUGUGAAGGUCUAGUGUUUACAACACAUUGUGCAGUUCAGUUCCCCUACUUGACCCUUGUAACCGGUGAGGCAGUGACACCACCACAAUCUUCUGUAUUACAGAAAGUGGUGGAUUGUUCAUCUGGUCACUGAAGAGGUCAUUCUUGGGAAAUUUGACCCAAAGGAAAUCUAGGGGUCAGAUUAGUUCUGGUUUAAUACUUCAGAAAAUUUCUGCAGAGCCCUGUGCUGGCACCUAAAAGAAAACUUCCAACAACUAACUCAGGCCAAAAGAAAAAAAAUAUAUUGCCCCAGGAAAAGGUACUGCAGAUUGGCUGUUUUGAAAUUCCUAAGAAGAGAUGGAGUGAGGCAUUUCUAACCUGGGAUACUGGUGGUUUUUCAAAGCCAUCCAUAGAUUUCCCGAGGUUUCUUCAUGAGGGUGAGAUCUACCACCUUGUUGGCACUACCACUUUAAUUAGCAGCACUGACUAUGACAGAUAGGAGUGAAUGGAAGGAGGGUUUCACCAAGUCUCCCUUGAGUCUCACCUCGCAGUUAGUGAGAUGACUGCCUCCAUGAUCACUUCUGCCUUUCAACUGUUAUCUAGAGAACAGAAACAUUUUUUUCUAGAGCCAUCAGAAGUCAAAACUGUUGUAUUCCAGUAGUGAAAACCUGUGGGGUUGUCAGAAGAGGUAAACUGCCUCCCCCUUCAGUCUCCUGUUUCCAUUCCUCUGAAUGGUACUCCUAUAGGAAGAGAGCCCUCCAGAGCCAAUUUUCAUUCUGGAAUGGAGCAUUUACUUAUGUGCUAGGCACCUGUGCUUUCUAGUUACAGUUUCUCAACACCCUGUGAGGCUGAUAGUAUUGAAUACGUUUUUAAAGAAGAGGCAAAGAGGUAAAGACAAUUAUUAAUAAUUUGCCCAGGGUCUGGUAUGUGGAAGAGCCAAUGUUGGAAUCCAGGCUGUCAGGAUUUUGAAGUCUCUGAUAACAUUAACUGUUAGAGGAGUGCAGGCGCUGCAGGAGGAGAAGACGCUCAUGAAAGUCCAUGUAGCAUUUCGGGGGAAGCAGAGCAGACAGACUCCAGUCUCUCAGCUUAUACUCAGAUCAGGGAAAUGUGAAGAUAAGGAUUAAUUAGAAAUAAAUAUAGUUUAGAGCUAAGGAGCUCAUGGAAGCAGAAUUUGGCUAAGUUUUAACAAAGUAAUGCUUUUUAAUAAUGUUUCUUUUGAUCUGAACGUGUUAUAAAAAUAUGCAGAUGUUACUAGGCCAAAAUAAGUUGUGAAUAGUCUUUUGUUGCUCUUCUGUAUGUGAGGAAAAUGAAACAAAGACUUAAGUAAUUUACAGCUUACUGAAAAUAGAAGUCAUGAAUUGGUAUUAAUAUUUAUGCAUUUUUUUAAUAUGGCAAAGUGGUUCUAUUAGGUAUAUCCUAAGGUUUAAACGUAUCAAAAUAAUUUCACAAUCUAUAAAACAGAGAUAAUACUUUGCAGAAUUAUUGUGAAGAUUAAGUUAGAUAAUGUCUUUGAAAUCAUAUCCAAAGGAAUGCCACUAGAUGACAUUAAUAUGUAGAUUUAUUACACUUCCACUUAACAUUCCAACUGAUACUUUAUAUAAUUUGACAGAAUUGUGGCAAAUUAGGAAAAUAGGCAAGGAAAGAUAGAUUUAUCUUUUUAACUUAGGGAAAAAGAAAUGAGAGCCUUGCCCUUUAAAUCCUAAAUUAACCUUUCUAAAUAUACUAUGAUGCUGAGUAGGAAGUUUAACUGAGACUUAAUAAACCAGUUGGAAAGAUAUAAUUAUGUAAUAACUACUGGUGGAAAGAUUAAUUGGAUGUCAGUGUGAAAAAAAGAAUUAGGCCCACUUUACACAUGGUAAGACCAUUCAUUCCGUAUGAAUUAAAAUGUUGAUUAUAAAGGUAAAAAUAAAAAGACUACAAUUCUCAUCCCAGUAGUACAAAAGAAACUUUAUGGCAGUGGAAAUAUCAUUGGCAGCGUAGGUGAGAUCAACUAAAGAAAGAUGAAAAAUGUACACUAAAUAGGAAGAAG